AUGAACCAAACGAAUGACAAUGACACAAACAAUACUAAUCCCGAGGAAACGGCACUGAUUUGGAAAGAACGUGGUAAUCAUCAUUACACCAACGGGCAGUUUGGCGACGCUUCAAAGGCGUAUCAGAAUGGGCUUGAUGGGCUACAUAAUCUCGAUGAUUCCCCGCUGGUUAUUGCCUUGAAUGCAAAUUUAGCGAUGAUUCGUCUGAAGCUAAAAGAAUUCGAGGAAGCCGUUAAGUUAUGCAAUUGGAUUCUUGCCAAAGAACCGAAAAACAGGAAGGCGAAGGAGGGAUUGUGUCUAGACAAUAAUAGAACAUGGUCUAAAGAAACGAUUCGAAAAGUCUUGAAUGAAUCGAUGGAUGAUUUGAAGGAGUGUUUGUCCUUUCAUGAAGAUGAGAGCCCCGGGGUUGACCAAAAGCAAAAUGAAACGUACAAAACCGCUCUAGCGAGAUUGCAGAGAAUCUGUGAAUCUUACUCGUCAGAUAAUGAAACUCUUGGAAAGGAAAAAGACACCGAUAAUGUGAGUAGAAAGAGUUGUCAAAGGACCGCCGCGGAAAUGAAACAAGAUAUAUUGAGGUUGCUGAUGGCGCGCAAGGGAUCAAGAGAGCAGAGAGGAGAGGAAGCUUUUUUCAUACUCUCAUGGAAUUGGUGGCGAGACUGGUGUAGAUACGUGGAUUUCUUUUAUCAUUUUGCAGAAAAUGACGACAGGGACAGAGCGAAACAUGUUUUGCAGUUACUGCCAUCGGGCGCUACCUUGCCACAGAUGGAUGAGAAUGAUGACUCGUCUGACGAUGACUCUAGCUGUGGUAGUAAUUUUCGUCUACAGCCAGAAUCUAUUGACAAUUCAUGUCUGUUUGUGCCUGAUUCAAGUCUUCACCUACAUUGGUUUUGCAGGCCUGGGCAACUUCAUCUCAAACCCAACUUGGUGCGAGGUUAUCACUAUGAAAUAUUACCAAGAGAAGUAUAUUUCGCACUGCGAUCAUGGUACGGAGAAGUAACCCCGAGUAUUUGUCGCAGGACCACUGCUGCGGGAGUCGUCAAUCUGUAUCCUCCUUCUAGAGAUCGUCGUCGAUCGAGAGCUCUGCAAAGCUGCACUGCUUGCAAAGCUCCAUAUGCAUCUUUGAAAUGCAAAAGCUGUAUGUCAGUAAGCUACUGUGGUUGGGAGUGCCAAGAAUCUCAUUGGCCUUUCCAUCGAGGGUCUUGUACAAACGGCAGCUUGGGCGGAAGGCAACGUACUAGAGAAGGAGGAAUGAUCGGAUUGAACAACCUGGGAAAUACUUGUUUCAUGAAUUCUGCACUGCAAUGUCUAAGCCAUGCUACCCCGCUUACGCGGUACUUCUUAUCGAAUCAGUUCAGAAAAGACAUCAACAAAACCAACGUUUUGGGAACAGGUGGGAAACUGGCGGUUGCUUAUGAUGUAGUGAUGAAAGGAUUAUGGAUGAACGACAAAGCCACUGCAAUAUCGCCUACGUCACUUAAAAGGGCCAUUGCGCUGUUCGCUCCCCGUUUUGCUGGUUCUUUACAGCACGACGCACAAGAAUUUCUCGCAUACCUCCUGGAUGGUCUGCAUGAAGAUCUCAAUCGAAUAACGAGUGCACCUUAUGUGGAAAUGCCAGAUGUUACUGAUGGACAAAAUAUGGCCAUAGCAGGCGCAGGGGCUUGGGAUGCACAUCGGAAACGUAACGAUUCGUUGGUCUUUGAUACCUUCUAUGGACAAUUUCAAUCCACAUGCAUUUGCCCAAAGUGCAGAAGAGUUUCUGUUUCAUUUGAUGCAUUUAAUCACGUGUCAUUGGAAAUCCCACAGAUGGAAAGCAUUACAGUUACUAUCCCUGUUUUAUUUUUCGGUGCCGUAGGAGGUAAAAUGCCUCUUCGACACGCGAUCACUGUUUCUCGCCGUGGUUCUGUUGCCGAUCUCAAGUCGAAACUCGCAGAACAGACCGGCGUCUCACAGAGCAAAAUCGUUUUCGCCGAUAUCUACAAUCACACCAUUUAUGAACUCUUACACGACAACAAAGCUGUUCACAAGAUCGGAGCCAACGACGUUGUUGCUGCUUUCGAGAUUGAGCCUUUCACAAGUCGGAGUAUUCACGCCGUUGCUGUCAACACCCUCGUAUGUAAAGGAGAUGGUGAAGAACGGGACAAAACUCUGAUAGGUUAUCCAUUGAUGAUUUCAUUUCAUAUCGAUCUGCCAUGUCAACAGGUCUGGGAGCGUUUAUGGAGAAUGCUACGCCAUUAUAUCGGAGAAAAAAAUGGAGAUGACGACAUCGACGAUGAAGACUUCAAGCCCGAGGACAUUCUGAAAAUACACAUAAUUGAUGGAAAAAGCAAAGCUCCUAUAGAUGCUUUUUCGACGGGAGAUGGGAAGCUCACAUCUCUCUUGCCAGUUCAUUCAUCUGACUCUCUGCUGAAGUUCAUCGGUGACAAGUGCACUGAAGAUUUCUUGUUCUUGUCGCUGGAAUGGGAUGCUCGAGUGGCUCGAAAGGGUGGAUCAGUUAUCCGCCCAGAACUUUUCAUGGCACAUGCUGAACAUGACAGCAUGCAGAAUGUACUGCGGUCUCAACGCAACAACCAUAAUAGAAGUGCGAUUUCAUUAGAUCAAUGCUUCGAGACAUUCACAAACCCAGAGCGUCUUGAUGAGCGCAACAUGUGGUAUUGUUCUAGUUGCAAAGAACACGUCAAGGCACUGAAAACGAUGAAAUUGUGGAGGCUACCAAAUAUUCUGGUCGUUCAUCUGAAGCGGUUUGCAUACAAACAUACGCUUCGACGUGAAAAGUUGGACACUUUCGUAGAUUUUCCAGUUGAUGGCCUCAAUAUGGAGCCACAUUGCGCGAAAGCGACAUCAUCAAUUAUCGAUGAAACUGUCCCGGCUGAGUAUGACUUGUUUGGCGUGAUCAACCACUAUGGGCGGCUAGGUUUCGGUCACUAUACGGCGUUUGCUCGCGAAUGGGACGAGAAUUCAAUGAGCAACACGUUCGCAGCUUUCGACGACUCGUCUGUCACAAAGAUAGGCACUCGAACACACGAGUUAAUCUCGUCCGCAGCCUAUGUGCUCUUCUACAGGCGACGUUCGUUCAACUAA